CACCUGCUUGCGUAUACUGUCUUUUAAUAUUAGAUCAGGCUUUCGUUGACAGUGAUGCUCUAGGACCCAGUCUGUUGCAUUCCGUCUUCCUUGGCGAAAUGGUGCGCGAGGCGCUGAAGGAGGCGGUGGACAAGGUUGACUGGCCCGCAGCCCAGCGGGCGCUGUCCAGCGCGGCGUCCCAUCCAGCCGUGCAUCAGGUGGGAGCGGCCACGCUGCAGCUGGUCACCUCCUGCUCCGCCUACAGCGCCGCCCUGGCCUUGGUGCACGUGAGCGCGGGCUGCCUGCGCAUCCACACCGCCACCCCGCUGCUGGGCCCGCUGGGCGGCCUGGCGGCGGUGGCGGCGGCCAGUGUGGCGGCUGGACACGUCAGCAGAGCCACCCUAGCGGCACUGCAGGCGGCGGGCGGCGACGUGGGCGGCGCGGCGCGGGCGCUGCCUCACCACCUGCUGCACAGCUGGCGCGGCGGCGAGGCGGUGGUGGAUGCCGUACUGGGUCCGCUGGUGUACCGGUUCCUGUUGCGCCAUGAAUUCCGCCGCCUACUCCCAAGCCACCUGGCCAAGCCCGGCGCGUACGGCUUCUUGCACGUGCCCACCAGCGCCGCCGAGUACGCCACGGCGGCGGAGAAGGCGCAGCUGGCGGUGCUGUUCGGGCGGGACGGCUGCCACCACUGCGGCACGUGGCGCAACGGCGUCAUCGGGGACCACAUGCCGCCGUACAAGGUGGUGCGGGACGCGGUGGCGGCGCGGGAGGCGGCGGGGGGCUUUGAGAAGCUGCUGCGACAGGCCGCCGACGCGCUGGGUCUCAAGGAUAACUCGCUCAAGCAGGUCUACUAUGCCCAGUGCCGGGACUGCUCGGGGCGCCAGGCACAGCUCAUGCGCAACGGCACACGCGCCACGAUCCUGCCAGGGGGGCUGUGGCCGCCGCAGCUGGUGCUGCACGCGCCGCGGCGGCUGCUGGGCAGGCCCACACUGCCUCCGCUCCUGGUGGGCAGCAGGUACUAUGUAGACGCGGCGGUGAUGGCCGCGGCGGCGGCGGCAGGAGGGCGAAGGCCGGGAAGCGGCAGCGGAAGCGGGAGCAGCGGAGGAGGAGGCGGAGCAGUGGCUGGGGAGCGGGGCGGGGGCAAAGGAGAUGGCGGGCGCAAGGGCAAGGGCUGGGGAAUAUUCCGUCAGGAGGGUUUGGGAGCUUGGGGCGAGGCAGUGGCGGCGGCGGCGGCGGCGGGCGCGGUGGUGGCGGGGCGACCGGGGCAGCAGCAGCAGCAGCAGCAGCAGCAGCAGCAGCAGCAGCAGCAGCAGCAGCAGCAGGUGCACGUGCUUGGCAGCGAGGGCCGUGGCGCGGCAGGAGGCGGGGGAGGGGGGGCGGAGGUGGCUGCAUGGGGCACGGUGUGGGGCUGUGGUGUGUGGGAGGCAGCACAGCCGCUGGAGCUUCUGCUUCCGGCAUGAGGAUUACAGGGAACAUGGCAGCUCAUCUACUUGGCAACAUGGAAUGCUGUUUCCACCUUUUUGAUGCAAUGCAAUCGUAUAAAUUCUAGGUGAGAAAUGAGCAUCCCGCAGGCUGGCAGGCUGGCAGGCGGUGUCUGCAGGUUGAUGUGUGUGCCAGGCUCGGCGGCCGGAGUGAUAGAUAGGGCAACGGCGCAGGGGACGUGCACGUGUGCAAAUGAUGAGGGAUGGCCAGUGCUGAUGUGGUCGGAGCAGCGGGACUCCUAGCAUCACGCGCGUGUGUGGCUGCUCACACGUGUAGUCAAGUGCGGCCGGCAUAAGCGAGCGAUAUCCCCAAAGGACGAACAAGCACAAGCUGGGCUGAUUGCAACUGUAACAUACAUUAUUA